GAGUGGCCUUGGCUAGAGGUUUGUGAUCAGAGAUUUUUUUAACUCAAAAAAGCUCGAGAAAACCUUAAGUCGUCAACAUGGUGAAGUGGACAGAUGCUGAGCGCGCCGCCAUCACCUCCCUAUGGGGAAAGAUCGAUGUGGCUGAAAUUGGACCCCAGGCCCUGGCCAGGCUUCUGAUUGUAUAUCCAUGGACCCAGAGACACUUCGCAUCAUUUGGCAACCUGUCCACCAACGCCGCCAUCCUCGGAAACGCCAAGGUGGCCCAGCACGGUAAGACGGUGAUGGGUGGGCUGGAAAAUGCCGUGAAGAACAUGGACGACAUCAAGAACACUUACACCAGGCUGAGUGUGAUGCACUCUGAGAAGCUCCAUGUGGAUCCUGAUAACUUCAGGGUUCUUGCUGAGGUCAUCAGUGUGUGUGUGGCUGCCAAGUUUGGCCCCUCUGUGUUCACCGCUGAUGUCCAGGAGGCCUGGCAGAAGUUCCUGGCUGUGGUCGUCUCUGCCCUGGGCAGACAGUACCACUAAAUCUGGAGAUGUACUUCACAGUCAAAUAAUGUGCAACAGUCCUACAAAUGUUUCCAAAAUGUCUCACCCACUGCAGUGAAGCUGUUGCCUAAUGCACUAAAUAAAACUCAAAUUAAAUACA